UUGUUUCACCGGUCCCCCCAAAAAGAGGGACAGCUUACAACAUGGAUUUCGUACCCAAUUAAAAAAAAAUCUCAAUAACAAAGUUCAUAGCCCGCUUGAGAAAAUUAUGGGAAGAUAUCCCCGUAAAAAUCUUCAGUGCUCGAACUUGACACUUUAUCUCAUAUUGGCAGUAAAUGUAAGUAUUUUCACAGAUGGGCAGGAUCCAGAAACUAGAUUGGAUGUUUUCAUACUGUCAGGUCAAAGCAAUAUGUCAGGCAGAGGAGGAGUUGAGGGUACCAAAUGGGAUGGAUUUGUCCCUCAUCAAUGCAAACCACACCCUUCAAUCCUCAGAUUCACUGCAGAGGAGAAAUGGGUUGAAGCUCAAGAGCCCCUGCAUAAAGACAUUGAUACAAAAAAAGUGUGUGGAGUGGGUCCUGGCAUGGCUUUUGCAAACAGAUUGUUGAAGCAACAUAAGGAAUGUGGAGAUCAGAGCUAUCAUGUUGGUCUAGUUCCCUGUGCCAUUGGUGGGACUGCUAUCAAAGAAUGGGAGAAGGGGAGCUUCCUUUACACAAACAUGAUUAACAGAACAAAGGUAGCUCUUGGAUACAACACUGGAAGCUCUAAUGCUUUAAGGGCUCUUUUAUGGUAUCAGGGUGAAAGUGAUGCCAACUCUGAGGAAAUUGCUGAUAGUUAUAGACAAAAUCUUGAGAGACUUAUAUAUGAUAUCCGUUCUGAUUUGCAACAACCUGAUCUACUUUUCAUUCAGGUUGCUAUAACCAUGGGUGACCCUCCAUAUAGUGAACCUGUGCAGAAGAUUAGGAAAGCACAGUUGGGUGUGAGCAUUCACAAUGUCUACUGUGUUGAUGCCAAUGGCCUUGUGCUUGAGGAAGACAAGCUUCACCUAACAACAAAGUCUCAGGUCCAGUAUCCCAUAAUUCAAGAAGAGCAGGCCUAUAUUGGUGUAACAUGUGAUGCAGAAACUUUGGGUCGAUUUCAGUGAUUGGUUUCAUGUUCAAGUUUUUGGAAGCCGACAUGAAAAUGAUUCAUUUUGUAGAUGUGGAUAUAAAGACCAAUUCAUUUGAGAAUUUUUUUGGACGAGAUGAGUGUGAGGAGUCUGUAUGAGUGAAUCUGUGAAGAUUGGUAAAUGUGAGUGAAGAUUUUGGUGCUCUCGUAUAUGACAGAGCAGGCAAACAGAGUAGAUAAGUUGAAUAGUUGCAGAAGUCAAUCUGAGCCUAACCAGAAGUGGCAUGUGGUUUUAGCAAAUGUUAUUCUUCAGUUCAUUUAUUAUUGUAAUCAGUUGUAAUAAUUUGUAAGGUAGUGAGCCUUCCUCUGGGUUGUAUCCCUUUUGUAUUUGAGCAAUGAGCACUAGGCAGUGUGCCUG